AUGAGCAACAUUUAUAUACAAGAACCCCCAACCUCCGGGAAGGUUCUUCUGGUAACAUCUGUAGGAGAUAUCGAUAUAGAACUAUGGUCAAAAGAAUGCCCGUUGGCGUGCCGAAACUUUAUUCAACUGUGCAUGGAAGGAUACUACAACGGGACGAAAUUUCAUCGUAUCGUUAAGGGAUUCAUAGCACAAGGUGGAGAUCCUAACGAGGAUGGAACGGGUGGUGAAUCGGUAUUUGGGCGUCCGUUUAAGGAUGAAUUUCAUUCCCGAUUACGUUACGUACGCCGCGGUUUGGUUGGAAUGGCCAACUCGGGCAAAAAUGAUAACGGCUCACAGUUUUUCUUCACUUUGGGGCCCACCCCAGAGCUACAAAAUCAAAACACACUAUUCGGAAAGGUGGCAGGAGAAACGAUUUACAACAUGUUGAAGCUGGAAGAAGGUGAAAUUUUUGAAAACGAAAGACCACACUACGCUCAUCGCAUAAUCAAGACAGAGGUGCUCAGUAAUCCGUUCGACGAUAUUGUACCAAGGCAAUUGACAAAGGAUGGACAUAAAUCAAAGUCCGAUGAUAACCGAAGUACAUCGAAAAGGAAAAAAGAAAAGGGCGUUAAAAAUUUUGGCCUCCUAUCGUUUGGAGAUGAAGCAGAGGAAGAGGAGAUGCAAACAAAAGUGUUUGUUACUACAUCGGGGCGUGGCAAAUCCUCCCACGAUGUUUUAGAUGAUCCAAAUCUUAGUAAGGAAACAUCGUCAACCAAUCAUCUUGCAGGAGUUGCUAAACCGCAGACCAUGCCAGAGAGCGGUACUGAAGAAUCUGCGGAAACGGACAAUGAGGAUAACGAACAUAAAAAAGGCUCCUCAACAUCCCAAAAUGAUGCACUAAGAAAAAAUGUUCGGGAAAAGCUGACGCGUAAAUCAGCCAGCAAGCGACCUAAGAUCGAACCAGUGGAAUCCGAAUCUGAUUCGGAUGAUGGAUUGGAUAGUGGGAAUAAGAAAUCGAAACGAGAACAGGCCGAGCGAAUACGGGAGGAAAUAAACAAGCUAAAAAAAGACUAUCAUACGGACAAACGACGGGCUAAAGAGCUAACGGACAAACAACACCAAACAGUCAAACGCACGAAUCCCACGGCUCGAAAGGAAGCCAUGGAGGAAGUAAUAAAGGUACAGCAACAAUAUUCGCAAAAAAUAAGCCAACUUCCUAAAAAAGGAAACUCUAGGGAAAGCCAUACGAUGGAGCUGUUGCAAAAGUUCAAAUCCAAGCUUCGAUCUGCUUACGACAGUCAGAACGAAGUUCACCCCGGCGGAUCGAACGAUGCAGCAGUCGAUGAAGACGAAGAGAUUCGCGGAGACAAGUGGUUGGCACAUCGCCUAGAGUUCAAUAAGCAAGACGAUCCCAUUCUGGCAAAAGAUGCGGCCACGAAGGGUGACGAUUGGUACGACGUUUACGACCCUAGAAAUCCUCUAAAUAAACGAAAGCGGGGCGAACAAAAUGAACGAAGUCAUAAGCAUGCGAAAUAA